UUUUGCCAGCAUGGCUGUCUGUCAGGAUCUUACUUCCUCGCAGCACUGACUGACAUGCGCAAAUGGUUAUGAGCCUUAGAGUUUCUGAACUGCAAGUACUUCUGGGUUACGCGGGGAGGAACAAGCACGGACGAAAACACGAACUUCUCACAAAAGCACUGCAUUUAUUAAAGGCUGGCUGCAGUCCCGCUGUACAAAUGAAAAUCAAAGAACUCUAUAGGCGAAGGUUCCCUCAGAAAAUCAUGACACCUGCAGACUUAUCUAUCCCCAGUGUACACUCAAGUUCCAUGCCAGCAACUUUGUCUCCGUCUACCAUUCCACAGCUCAGCUAUGAUGGCCACCCCGCAACAUCACCGUUGCUUCCCGUUUCACUUCUGGGACCUAAACAUGAACUGGAACUCCCCCAUCUUACAUCUGCGCUCCACCCUGUCCAUCCCGACAUCAAACUUCAGAAAUUACCUUUUUAUGACUUGUUGGAUGAGCUGAUAAAACCUACAAGUCUAGCAUCAGAUAAUAGUCAGCGAUUUCGAGAAACUUGCUUUGCGUUUGCACUUACACCACAACAGGUGCAGCAAAUCAGCAGUUCAAUGGAUAUUUCUGGGACCAAAUGUGACUUCACAGUACAGGUCCAGCUAAGGUUUUGUUUAUCAGAGACCAGUUGUCCACAAGAAGAUCACUUCCCACCCAAUCUGUGUGUGAAAGUAAAUGGGAAACCAUGCAGCCUUCCAGGCUAUCUUCCACCAACCAAAAAUGGUGUUGAACCAAAGCGACCUAGCCGACCAAUCAACAUUACCUCACUCGUCAGAUUAUCUACGACGGUACCAAACACAAUCGUCGUUUCGUGGACUGCAGAAAUUGGAAGAAACUACUCCAUGGCAGUCUACCUCGUAAAGCAGCUGUCCUCCACGGUUUUACUGCAGAGGUUGCGAGCCAAAGGGAUUCGGAAUCCUGAUCACUCUCGAGCACUAAUCAAAGAGAAACUGACUGCAGAUCCAGAUAGUGAAAUAGCAACAACAAGCUUAAGAGUUUCUCUUCUUUGUCCACUUGGUAAAAUGCGGCUAACUAUACCGUGUAGGGCCCUGACUUGUUCACACCUGCAAUGUUUUGAUGCCACUUUGUAUAUUCAAAUGAAUGAAAAGAAACCAACUUGGGUUUGCCCUGUCUGUGACAAGAAGGCUCCCUAUGAGCAUCUUAUUAUUGAUGGAUUGUUCAUGGAAAUCCUGAAGUAUUGUACAGAUUGUGAUGAAAUUCAGUUUAAGGAGGAUGGAUCGUGGGCACCUAUGAGAUCAAAAAAGGAAGUGCAGGAAGUAACUACAUCUUACAAUGGAGUUGAUGGAUGCAUAAGCUCUUCCUUGGAACAUCAGGUGUCUUCUCACCAACAAUCCAAUAAAAAUAAGAAAGUAGAAGUGAUUGAUUUAACCAUAGAUAGCUCAUCAGAUGAAGAGGAAGAGGAACCAUCUGCAAAGAGAAGCUGUCCUUCCAUAUCUCCAGCAUCACCGUUAAAUAAUAAGGGCAUUCUAAAUUUACCCCAUCAAGCAUCUCCUGUGUCAAGAACACCAAGUCUUCCUGCUGUCGAUACAAGCUACAUCAAUACAUCACUUAUCCAAGACUACAGGCAUCCAUUCCAUAUGACGCCUAUGCCUUACGACUUGCAAGGAUUAGACUUCUUCCCUUUCCUGUCAGGAGACAAUCAGCAUUACAACACCUCCCUUCUUGCUGCUGCAGCUGCGGCAGUUUCUGCAUCAGAUGAUCAAGAACUCUUACACUCUCGUUUUUUCCCAUACACUUCAUCUCAGAUGUUUCUCGAUCAGCUAAAUGCAGGAGGAAGCAGUACCCUGCCAGCCACAAAUGGUAGCAAUAGUGGCAGUAACAGCAGUCUUGUUUCCUCCAACAGCCUGCGAGAGAAUCAUGGUCAUCCAGUUGCAAGUAGAAGCAGCACGGACACGGCGUCUAUCUUUGGUAUCAUACCAGACAUUAUUUCAUUGGACUGAUUUCUGGAGUAAACGAACUUGUCAGAGAAGAUCUUUGUGCUUGGUUUUACCUUAUUAUGUUUAGAAACAUAGACAAGUUUUUUUUCCUUUUUUAGGGAAAAAAAUUUACGUGUACAGAGAACAAAACUAUAUUUUCAGUUUUACUUUUGUAUAUAAACCUAAGAUGGCCUCACUG